AUGGAUCCCGGCCGCUAUAAUCUCCAGCAAGGAUGGGAAAAUAACAGCGCUCUGGACGGGCAUGGUGCUGCUCAUGGAUCGGAUUACCGGGUCAGUGGUGAAUAUGAUGAGAGGAGAUUUCCUGAUGACCGAUACUCGAGGGACUACCCUAGAAGCGCAUUCCGCAGAGAUGAGAAUUACCAAAACCCAAGUAAUGCUGGGGUUUGGACUCAAUCGAGGCAAAGCUAUGAAGAUGAAUAUUCACAUGAGAAGGAGUCUAAAAGACGAGAAAAAACCUCGUACAUGGAUUCAUACAGUGAGAUGGAUGGUUAUUGCGAAAGUGGGAUUGAUUCGUAUCAUGAUCUUGAUAGGUUUCAGGAUGAUUAUCACAGUAUUGAAGACUACCGUGAUCAUGGAUAUAGUAGGCCUGCUAGGUUUAGGGGACGUGAUAGGGAUGACUACGCAUAUGAUGAUUAUGAUUACAGGUCACACGUUUCUCGUCAUUCUAGGGAGGACAGUCGAGAAAGGGAUUAUGAUUAUGGUCGGCAUAGCCAUGAUUCAGACUAUGACAAAGGCAGCAGGAGAGAUAGCAGUUGGCGGAGGUGUGGGUCCUGGGAGCGUGAGCGUGAUAGGAGAGGUUCGAGCCAUGAUAGAGAUCAAAGUCCACGAAGGCUGCACGAACGUUCUCGAUCUCGUGGACAUGAUGAUCGUACUAGAUCCAGAUCACCUCGGGGACGGAGCUAUAGCCGAAGUCGACGAGAGGAUAGCUAUGAGGAUGGCCAGUAUGACAGGUCUGAGAGGUGGAGGGAUCGUGACCAGAGACGUCAUAGAGUGAAUUAUGCUGUGGCUCCAUCAGCAACUGUUGUUGUGAAAGGUCUAUCCCAGAAGACUUCUGAGGAAGAUCUGUAUCAGAUGCUUGCUGAAUGGGGUCCCCUUCGCCAUGUUCGUGUGAUUAAAGAGCGGAAUUCUGGAAUCUCUCGUGGUUUUGCUUUUAUCGACUUCUCUUCUGUGGAUGCAGCACGAGGAAUGAUGGAGAAAAUUGGGGAUGAGGGUCUUGCAGUGGAUGGCAGAAAGCUUUUCUUUGAGUACAGUAGUAAGCCAACUGGAGCAGCAGGUGGAUCUUAUGGUCAAGAAAAUGGGACACGAUCAGGUCAAAGCAAUCAGAGAAGCAUCACAGUGCCAUCCGAUUGGAUGUGCGUUAUUUGUGAAUGUGUCAACUUUGCACGGCGAAUAUCAUGUUUCCAGUGUAACGAGCCUCGGAGAGAUGAUGCUCCACCAGCAGAUAUGGCUCUAUCCAAUACGGCUUCUUUAGGAAGGAAAGGGUUGGAGGCAGGUCCCACUCAUGUCCUGGUUGUUCGUGGGCUGGACGAAAAUGCCGACGAGGAGUUGCUUCGAUAUGAAUUCUCCAAGCAUGCUCCUAUUAAGGAUCUUCGUCUUGUCAGAGAUAAAUUUACUCAUGUUUCAAGGGGAUUUGCGUUUGUUCACUUCCAUUCUGUUGAGGAUGCUACUAAAGCUCUUGAAGCAACUAAUGGAAUGACUCUUGAGAAGAACGGGCAAGUGUUAAGAGUUGCUUAUGCAAAGAGCAUUCUUGGUCCUGGUGCUGGGGCAUCUGGAACAAUGCAGUCUAGUAGCCUAGCAGCUGCUGCAAUUGAGGCAGCAGCUUUUGCCCAACAGUACGAUGCUGUCGGGUGGGCACCUAAGGAAUACAAUCCUGAUGACAAACAACCUGCUAGUCUUCGGGAUCCAACAGUUGGACAGGUUUCAAUUCAAACAGAUGGUUCUGCUCUGCAAUCUGGAUUUGUUUGGGACGAAGCAUCUGGUUACUACUAUGAUGCUGCGUCUGGAUUCUACUAUGAUGGAAAUACAGGUCUUUACUAUGAUGGGAAGAAUGGGAUAUGGUACUCUUUUGAUGACCAAACUCAGCAAUACAUCCCGUGCCCAGAACAGAAUGCUAAAAAUAUCUCCAGCAAAGAGUCGGAGAAUACCAACUUGUCGGAGGGUUCUAAUAGUAGAAAAGCUGUGAUCUCUGCACCUGCUGCUACCAAUGUCUAUGUUGAAAAAGCUGGCUCCUUAUCUGAUGCAGUCCAGGCAGCUGCAACGGCAGCCUUAGCUGCAGAGAAGAAAGAGAAAGACAAGGCGAAAGAGAUUAAACUUGCCUCAAAAGGCAGCAUUUUGGCUAACAAAAAGAAAAUGAACAAUGUGCUGUCUAUGUGGAAGCAGAGGAGUCAUGAAGGGCAAGCAACACGGGUGGCUCUCGAUGAUAAUCAGUCAUCAAGUUCAGUAGAUGAUAAUAAGCUUCCUUCAGUUGGACUUAAUACAAAAAUUAAGGUCAAACUGGAUCCAGUAAUGCCCAACAAUAUUACCAUCUCAAGUCAGGGCCUAGGAACAGUGGCACCAGCUGAACAGUCUGUUGGUUUAGAGUCUUUAGUUAAGCCAAGAGUUGUAAAUAACGGCUCAGGGAGCAGCUUGAUGGGUGUCAUAAGAGGUUCCGGGAGAGGGGUUGCCAAAUUGGAUACUUCACAUAUAGCAUCCCCUGGUGGAGCACCACCUACUUUUGCUUCCAGUGUUCCAAGUGUGUCAAUGAAUGCAGGGGACAUUUCUGGCGUUACCCCAUUCAGGACUGAUGCAUCUGCAUUGGGUUCUUAUUCGACUCCGUCAGUAACAGGCAGUGGUAAAAGGAGGUUUUCAGAAAUGCCACUGCCCUCUGGUUCUGCAAACAAGGACCAAACUCAAGGCGCUUAUAGAGACCGCGCAGCUGAGAGGAGGAGCUUAUAUGGUUCCUCUUCUGUUGAUGAUCAUCUACCAGAUGCUCUAAUUGGAAACUCAAAUCGGGAUUCUUCUUUGAGAAAGGGCGCUUUGGAUUCAAUGCCUUUCCCUCCUGGUGUUGGAGGACGUGGGGGAGGUGGGAUGGGAGAUGCAAAUGUCAGUGCUCAGAGUUAUGAGGUGAUAACAAAAGAGAAGGCCAUUGAUGAAAGCAAUGUGGGUAAUCGCAUGCUACGGAAUAUGGGCUGGCACGAAGGCUUGGGAUUGGGAAAAGACGGAAGAGGAAUGACAGAACCAGUUCAAGCACAGUCGUCCGAGCACCGAGCAGGACUUGGAAGACAGCAGAAGAAGCUGGAUCCGGCCCUUGAAGUGCAGGCUGGUGAUAGUUACAAGACUCUCAUUCACAAAAAGGCUCUGGCCAGAUUCCGCGAGAUGUCAGAGACGCCCUAG